AAAGAAGAAAUCGCAAAGGCGUGAGAACAGGGACGAGCUUGGGAAUUGGGGAAGUCGGCGUUAGAGAGAGAACCGAAAGUCGAAACCCUAAUCCUCAUCGCCUAUCCAAUUCCUUUCACGCAUGUGAGCUCUUAAAUUCGAUUCCCAUGGAUUCUCUCUUUCGACGAUUACUAUUUUCUUUUUCGGCGCUCUGAAUUAGGGUUUUCGUUUUGGAUCGGUCCCGGUUCGGAGAGGCUUUAUGCGCUGGUUUCGUCGGUUUGGUGUUUGAUUAAUUGGUGCUUCUUUCAGUUCGGAAGAUUCUAUGCUAUUUGGGCAUUAAUUUUGGGGGUCAUAUAAUGGAUUUGAUAGCCAGUUGCAAGGACAAAUUGGCAUAUUUUCGAAUAAAAGAGCUCAAGGAUGUUCUCACUCAUUUAGGUCUUUCAAAGCAGGGAAAGAAACAGGACCUGGUUGACCGAAUAUUAACCAUUCUUUCUGAUGAUCAAGUUUCUAAGAUGUGGGCAAAGAAGAACGCUGUUCGUAAAGAACAGGUGGCACAGCUUGUAGAUGACAUAUAUAGAAAAAUGCAGGUGUCCACUGCCACUGAUUUAGCAUCAAAGGCGCAGGGGGUCUCAGAUAGCAGUAAUGUGAAAGUGAAAGUGGAAAAUGAUGACCGCUCCUUUCAAUCAGAGACAAAGAUUCGUUGUGUCUGCGGGAAUCAAUUGGAAACAGAGUCUAUGAUUCAGUGUGAGGAUAGGAAUUGUCAAGUGUGGCAGCAUAUUAAUUGUGUGAUAAUUCCCGAUAAGCCUAUGGAAGGAAGUACACCAUAUCCUGACCCAUUUUAUUGCGAACUCUGCCGACUUAGCCGUGCUGAUCCCUUCUGGCAUCAACUUGGGCAUCCUUUACCUCCUGUGAAGUUGAUUACUACAAACAUUCCAACUGAUGGUACCAAUCCGGUGCAGAGUGUGGAAAGAACAUUUCAACUACAAAGAUCGGAUAAAGAGCUGACAUUAAAACAAGAAUUUGACGUUCAGGCUUGGUGUAUGCUUCUGAACGACAAAGUCUCAUUCAGGAUGCAGUGGCCACAGUAUGCAGAUCUUCAAGUCAAUGGUAUACCUGUUCGUGCAAUUAAUAGACCGGGGUCACAACUUCUUGGGGCUAACGGUCGUGAUGAUGGUCCAAUAAUCACAACAUACCUAAAAGAAGGGCUGAAUAAGAUUUCCCUAACAGGAUGUGAUGCUCGCGUUUUCUGUUUAGGUGUCCGACUCGUGAAGCGCCAAACUGUUCAAAAGAUCCUUAGCUUGAUUCCUAAGGAGUCUGAGGGUGAGCAAUUUGAAGAUGCUGUGGCUCGUGUGCGUCGUUGUGUUGGUGGUGGAACGGCAACGGAUGACGCUGAUAGUGAUAGUGAUUUGGAAGUUGUUGCAGAUUCUUUUGUUGUUAAUCUACGUUGUCCUAUGAGUGGCUCGAGGAUGAAGGUUGCUGGAAGGUUUAAACCUUGUGCUCACAUGGGAUGUUUUGAUCUUGAAGUUUUUGUGGAAUUGAAUCAGCGUUCAAGGAAGUGGCAGUGCCCUAUUUGUCUGAAGAACUAUUCUUUAGAGUAUAUCAUCACCGACCCGUAUUUUAAUCGUAUCACUUCGAUGAUGAGGCAUUGUGGAGAAGAUGCAACAGAGAUUGAGGUUAAGCCUGAUGGUUCUUGGCGGGUAAAGGCUAAAAGUGAAAGUGAACGUAGAGAGCUUGGAGAUCUUGGGCAAUGGCACUUUCCAGAUGGUACUAUCUGGCUCCCGGCUGGUGGAGAUGUUAAAGCUAAAACAGAGAUGAAGCAGGUCAAGCAGGAAGGUAUCUCGGACAGUCAUCCUGGUUUGAAACUUGGAAUCAAGAAGAAUAGCAAUGGGUUUUGGGAAGUCAGCAAACCUGACGAUAUGAAUAACUCUAUUGAUAAUGGAUUACAAGAUGGCCUUGGAAACUAUGAGCAAAAAGUUAUCCCAAUGAGCAGCAGUGCAACUGGAAGUUGUAGGGAUGGUGAAGAUCCGAGUGUAAACCAAGAUGGCGGUGGAAAUUUCGACUUCACCAAUAAUGGUGUUGAGAUGGAUUCUCUCACACUUAAUGUUGAUUCGAUGUAUGGAAUUACUGAGCAAGCACCACCUGUUCCAAUUAGGAAUUCAGAAGUUAUUGAAAUAAGUGAUUCAGAUGACGACGACUUGUUUAUAUCUCCUAGAUCUGUAUACAAGAAUCAUCCGAAUGAUGGCAGUGGGGUUCCUUUUUCAGUUUCCCCUCCUGUAAUUCCUGAUUCGUAUGCAGAAGAUCCUGCUGGUGGGACGUCAUGCUUGGGUCUUUUCAAUGGCAAUGAUGAUGAGUUUGGGAUUCCGCCGCUAUGGCAUUUGCCCCCUGGAAAUCAAGCAGGUCCAGGUUUUCAAUUUUUUGGUUCUGAAGCAGAAGUGUCCGAUGCGCUGGUUGAUCUACAGCAUGGUUCUAUCAACUGUUCUUCAUCUAUGAAUGGUUAUACAUUGGCCCCAGAGACUGUCACAGGAUCUGCUCCACUAGUCCAAAAUUCUUCUGUUGGUCGGUCAGAUACAGAUAUGAAUGACGGCUUGGUUGACAAUCCAUUGGCUUUUGCUGGUGAUGACCCGUCGCUUCAGAUAUUUCUUCCAACAAAUCCUACAAAUGCCUCGGCACAGUCUGAUUUUAGAGAUCGUGCUGAUGUGUCGAAUGGGGUCCGCACUGAGGAUUGGAUAUCUCUUAGGCUUGGGGGUAGUGCUGGCGGCACUAAUGGCGAAUCUGCAACUCCAAGUGGACUCAAUUCGAAGCUGCAAGUACCAGCCAGAGACGGUGCGAUGAAUUCUAUGGCUGACCAUGCCUCCUUGCUUCUUGGUAUGAAUGAUGGUAGACCUGAGAAGGGAAUUAGGCAAAGAUCAGAUAGUCCUUUCACGUUUCCUCGCCAAAAACGUUCCGUAAGGCAGAAGUUACUUUCUAUCGACUUAGACUCUGAAUAGAGGAGUGGACCUUCUUGUGGAGAGCUAUCCAUGGUCUCAUUGGAUUAUUUUUCUCGGAUUGAAAGCAAAAACCUGGAGAACUUUUGUGAUCUGCUCAUUUGGAGGUCAAAUUUUUGUAUCUAGAAGUGCGUAAAGGUAGGCAUAUCUUUGGCUUGUCGAAGAUAAGUCUUUAGAUGCAACGGCAUCCGUGGUGGAAAGAAAAGGUGGAGAACAAGAAUGGGGGAACUGAGCUGGCACCUGCAAAAUUUCUUGAAUCGGUAAGCUCAGAGUUUCCGUCGGCCCUGUCGAGCUUGAAAUUCGCCAUGUAUCUUUUAACAGGCUCAUGAAUUUUUUCUGCUCUCCAACCGUCUGUCUACGAGGAUAUGCAGGUCCAGCGCUGGUCUUGUACAGGGAUUUGAAUCUGAAGGUUGGAAUUAAUUGGUGUAAGCCUUCGGAUUUUGUGGGGGAACCCCAUAUAGUAAUAGCAACAAUCUUUUUCUUCUUUUGUUCUCUCUUUUCUUUUCUUUUUACCUGGGGGGGUUGGCCAGAGAAAUAGCCUGUAAAUGAGGGGAUUGCAGAAUCAGUUAUUUAUAUAAAUAUUAUUCUUUUCAUAUGAAUACUUUUGCCUCGAGUUCUCCCUUACUCUUGGCUGUUUUGUGA